ACAGAGUCGGGUCUUUUGUUUUUUGUAACUGUCAGGCUGUAUGAGCACUCGGACUGGGGAAGGUGUAUGUUUAUUAUGCCAAGACUGACCUCAGGGCCAGCCUCUGCCGCUGACAUCACUCCUUACGGCUCGUCGCCUUCGCUCGCGUGGGAGUCCCAUCAAGGUCUGAGGCUCCCGCUGUGACCGAAGGCGAUGCUUCUACACCAUUCAUUCUCAAGGCAGCCACUCAGGACACGCAGUCGCACCGCUCCCCAGACAACUUUUUAUUUUUUCCUGAAAAUAAACAAAGCCCAAAGAUGACAGAAGAAAGUCGGGGAAAGCGUAGGAAACAAGCCAACCCCAGGAGAAACCGAGUUGAUGCCGACCAAGUGAGUUUACUGGGAUCUGAGGGGGAGGAUGAGGUGGGUUUGUGGAGCUUGGAGCCCCAGGACUGCCAGGAGAGCCUGGAUAAGACGAGCCUGACGCCCAGCGAGGGGACAGAGGAGCCCGGCAGCCCUGCUCAGUCCACCCGGCCGCACAGCCUCAGCCCCGGCAGCAGGAACUGCUGGGGCCAGGUGGAGUCAGAGACCAAGGCCACAGAGGACGCAUCCUUCAUGUCCACUGAAAGGGAGGGAGACCAGGACCCGCUGAGGAUGUACUGUAAGAGUUCAGACUCCCAGAAUGCCUUGGAGGACCUGUCCCAGUAUGAAAUCCUGGCUCAGUUGAGGAAGGCCUCUACCUCAGCUAGUUUCUUAGAUCACCUGAACCAUAAUGGCACGGCAGCUGUGUACCGCCCGAGCAGAGGGCACGAUGACCUGCCUCCUGCUAUCUGGUCGCCAGGUGCUCAGCACUGCUCACCUGAGGGACCAGCAGAUGUAGGCAGGGCCCAGCAGGCCUGCCCAUUUUGCAGCAGGGUAUAUCCUCGAGGAGCUUCUUUGAGGGACCAUGUCAAGUACUGUCCAGACAGGGAGGGGGGGCACAUGGUCUGCCCGCUCUGUGGAUACACUGCCACCCUUAGGCUGGAGAUGGAGCGGCACCUAGCACUUCACAACCCAGUGCAGGACAAAAGUGCCAUGACAUUGGACCAAGGCAUGGAGACCAGGAAGUUCAAAUGUCUGCAGUGUGGGAAAGCAUUCAAGUACAAACACCACCUCAAAGAGCAUCUCCGCAUCCACAGCGGAGAGAAACCUUACGAGUGCUCCAACUGCAAAAAACGCUUCUCUCACUCUGGCUCCUACAGCUCCCAUUUAAGCAGUAAAAAGUGCCUUAGUGGUGGCGGGCAUGGAGGAGGAAACCCAGGAGGAGCCAGCGGGGUGUUUAAUGGACACAGCCAAAGCUCCUACCCCCACUCAUUUCCAACAUCUCCCUCUGCUGGUGGGGGUAGAAGUAGUAAUGAAAAGGGCUCGGUGCUAGUUUUGCAGAACCAAGAUAAUACCAGGCCUCUGGGUCAAGUACCGGUGGAUCCCCUUCAGCUUUCACUGCAGGAUCUCAAUCAAAGCACCGCAAGCUUGUCCAGUGCGUCAGACCUGGCGAGGAUUUGGGACCCAUCAGAGCUUUCUUUGAGGGCCAGUAUGCUCAAAGGGACCAGUCUACUGCCUUAUCUCCACUCCGGGGGGACCAAAUUUGAGCAUAUGCUGCAGGAGAUGUUUCAACGAGACGUAAAAAAAGAUGAAGAUCUUGUCAGAGAAGGAGGAGAUGAAGAGGAAAGAAGAGCACAUCAAAACGGAGGAUCACAUGAGAGAAAGGUUUCACCUGACAGGAGAAGAGACACGCUAUCGGUCGAACCAGAGAGGGGUGUUCUUGGGAUAAUGUGUCGUUGGUGCUCGCAGCAUUUCUCCAGUGUGGCUGCACUUCUGCAUCAUGAGCGCCACCUCUGUCAGCUCAACAGAGAAGCAGCGGAGGUACCCGAGGGUUUUCGCAGUAAAGCCCCGUCAUCACCGUCUAUAUUCUUUCCAAGAUCUGUCCUCCAACCAGAAAACAGCAAAUUAAGUGUAGUGACAAAUGGUCUUUCUGGAAAUAAGUCGCCAUCACAGAAGCACAACUGGCACGCCGUACCACAACACCUUUUGGUUGCAAUGCACUCGCCCCCACAGCUCCACCAUAACGCCCUGUCUUCGCGAUUGCACUGGCCGAGCCAGGAAAAGGGCAGCCCAAGUGAGCUGACACACCGUUCCCCAGAGCUGUCAUCACCUCGAGGCAGGAAACGAGCUCUGUCCUCAGGAUUCACUUCUCCGGUUUGCCUUGACCUCACAAGUUGUUCUCCUGAACUGUCCUCGCCCCAGAAAGAAACCAGCAACCCCUGGUCUGCACAGAACGAACCUCUGGACCUCUCCCUGCCCAAGCAGCUCUCUGACCAGAGCAGUAGGAACAAAACUGUUAAUGGCAGCUCAGGCAGAGGAGAGAGGAGGGAGCUCGGGACCCAACAGCUUGGUAGACCAAGUCCGACUUCACACCUCCCCCUGCAUUCGCAUCCGGUCUUCAGUGUGGCCGGAGCUCCUGUGUUUCCAGGUUCCUUGUACAAUGGGUUUCCAAUGUUCAGCCAGGCUGGUGUGGGGCUUUCAGGGCAUGAAGGCAUCACAUCAAUUCCAUUCAACCAGACGGCCAACACCCCGGGGUUUCUCUCUCCUUUAGCCUACAUGAUGGAGGCAGACGCAGAGGCUACACUGAAAAAGAUUUAUCAGGAGAGACAAGGUUUAAUGGGCGAGGCAUUGAACCGUGGUGCUCUGGACUAUCUCUCACUCAUCGACGAAGGGUUCGAUGGAGAAGGAGGGCCGGGAAGAAAGAGACUGAAGAAGACAGACGAGGGGCUUUACGCUUGUGAUAUUUGUGAAAAAACUUUCCAAAAGAGCAGCUCAUUGCUUCGCCACAAAUAUGAGCACACAGGCAAACGUCCUCACGAGUGUAAGAUCUGCAACAAGGCCUUCAAGCAUAAGCACCAUCUGAUUGAACACAGCCGACUGCACUCCGGAGAGAAACCCUACCAAUGUGACAAGUGUGGCAAACGCUUCUCCCACUCUGGCUCUUACUCCCAGCACAUGAACCACCGUUACGCAUACUGCAGCAAAGACCAGGAUCCAGACCAAGACCAAGAUGACAUGCCUCUCACACCGGGAGCGGGCAACAGUCUUGUGGGACGCCUCUCUGAAGACGCCCCUCUGUCACUGGAUGAAACCCAAACUCCACACUCUUUUCUCAGUGAUUCCAGUCUGGAUGGAGCGCCGGAUGCUCUCAAAGAGGAGGAGGAGGAGGAGGAAGAAGGGGAAGAAAGAGUUUGCGAUGACCGUGAAGAGGAGGCAGAUGUGAAUUUGCCAGACCCAGCAGAGGAGCUGGGAGGUAACCCCAUACAAGAAUCACCUGCAGGUGAGAAUGGAGUUCAGAGUGAGAGAAAUAGAUAUGACAUGCAAGAUCAUAUUGACAAUACAGAGAGCCAAACUUGGGACACCGAGGACCGGAAUGGAGACUUGGACAAAUGUGAACUGAGUUUGGAUUUAACAGAGUUACCCAGAAUUAAAACUUAAGAUGACUUUAACCAGCCAUUAAAACCCAUUUACUAUUAAGACUUGUUUUUUUUCUUACGUAUGUAAUAAAGACUGAUUUUUGUUAUUUACUUAUCUUACAAAAUGCACAGAACUGUCAAAGGAUGCAUGGCCUUAUAGAGGACAAAGCCAUCAAUCAAAUGUAUGUGAGAAUACGAGUUUCAAAGCGUUAUCCUGUAAAAUAGACUUGAUGUAUCUAUAAUAUUUGCCUUUUUUCCUUUUUGUUGUCUUUCAGAACCUCUAAAAAAAUGGGUUGACUAGUCUGAGGUCAUGUCACACAUCCAGAUAUGAUGUUGUCUAUUUUACAUGCUUGCUGCUGCUGACUGUUGCACAACAAAAACAACAAAAAAAGCAUUUGUUUGUCCUUCUAAAUCCAGGAUUCAGCUGACUUUUUUUUGUACUUUAUUUGUUUGCAUGUAGAUUCACACCAAUGAGUGGCCUUAGAAGCUUAAAGGAAGCAGGAUGGAAAGACAUCUGGUCUUAAUUUAAUGUGGCAUCAAGGCCAGAAGUUAAAGGCUACAAGCAGAUUUGCCACGAUGUCUAGUUAGCAUAUUUAUUCUCAAGUGCAAAUAACUUUCAGUUUCUACUAUCCUUUUAUUUGAUGCAAAUCUUUACCUCUGUUUUAAGAAUUAGCAACAACUGCAACAUGUUUUCAGCUGAGAUGCACAUGCAGUUAGUCCUUUGUCCCAAAGCCGGCGAUUGCUUGAGUACGUAUGUAUAGUACAGGUUAUAUUGUAGGGCUCUUGACAUUUAUGCUGUGAAAUUAUAAGGUUUCAGGUUAACUAUGUUGUUCUGUGGCUUUAACUAAUCACCAAGAGUAAGAAGGGGAAAAAGGGGAAGGCAGAAGUGGGAGGUAGUUAUUUAUUUUUUAAAAGAACCAAAAGCAUCGGACUGCACCUUUAAAAGUGUAUACCUUGCUUGAGGACAGUCAUUUCUACAUUUCUGCAUGAGAGGUUAAAGGGGGCAAAGAUGAAGUCAGCCUUUGGGGUUUUUCCCAAGAGCAAGCAAAUACAAUUUGCACUGUCGCACUGUACAUGUAAUAAUUACAAAGAGUGGCUUGAUUUCCUUCAGUGCUGAAAUGUCGGGCAUUUCUCGUAAAAAUUUUCAUGUGCUUCAGCAUGUUUUCACACCUUCUGAAUAAUAAUAAUGUGUCGCACUUUGUGGCUGUUUGUUGAGGUGUGGCAAGAGGGUCAAGACUCAGGACACAUACAUGAGCUUUUAACUUCCUCUUUCUGACUGCAGUGUAGUCAACGUGAAAAGUGCCUCAGAUGUACUCUGACACUGUGAGUAAUCCGACAAAGCCUUGCUACGAUGAGAUAAGACGGUGGUGCAUGAGGUGUGACUAAGCUUGCAGCAUUCAUGCAUACCUUGGGCCAAAGAUGCUUUUUUUGGUCAUAAUACAUUUGUGUGUGUGUGUGUGUGCAUGUGUGUGUGUGCAUAUGUGGCAUGCCAAGUGCCACCCCCCUCUUGUAUAGUUCCUUACCUGAUAUUUUUGCUCCAAAAAAGUGAGCGAAAAAAAUAGUUUUACUUUCCCUCAGUGUCUGCACACUUUUUCAUUAUAUCAAGUACUGUUUAUUUUUUCCUAGCACUCAUGCAAUAUUUGUAUUAUCUUUUAUAUAUAUAUAUUUUUUGCAUGUUUGUGGAUAUUUGUAAUAAAACUGUACAGAUGUUUUUCAGCAGAACCUCUCAUUUCCUUGAUUUUUCGAAUUAAACCUCACGAUGUGGCCCCAAAAUGGGCUGGUUUCUUUUUAGCAGCCACGAUGUGUUGAAAUCAGAAAGCACCUUAAAAGAUUUUCUGGUCAACAUCGCUAUAAAAACGAUCAAAUGCCUCAGCUUUUUGAAUUUUCUGCUUAAGCACAAACAUCUGCACAAGACAGUUUUGAAGCUCAGUUGUGGGGACCACUCAGUUUCCCAUCACGGUAAACAGUUUCCAUCAACACUCAAGAUCUCGAGACUGUUUUGUUACACUGGCUUUUUUGUGGCUCUCUUUAUUUGCAUGAUGAUUCAUCAGAGGUGCCUGCUUUGCGCUUGUGAACCUGUGUGUGUGGCUGGGGCAAACAGAGGUUGAGCAGUUCUGCUGAUAUUUGAUACACUAAGCUUUAGGUUAACGGUAGUUUGGGUAAACAGUCAGCUAACCGUAACAAUAACGAACCCUGCCAAGUGACGUGGGUUAGAUACUUUUGGGUGCCAUGCAUCAGCGGCCUUCAGUAAACUGUUGCACUGCAGCACUGGCUGGCCCUGCUCUUUGACUUAGAGCAAAGUUGAUACAAAUUUUUGCAUUAUAGUUUUUAAGAGAGCUAUAACACCUCGGUUAUGCAGCAUCACUUGCGGGAAGGCCCAGUCAUGGGUAACAGGUUGUCAGAUUGAGUGCUGAGCAUUUUUAAGUUUCAAUUCCCAGUAACAGCUGAGUGACACACCGAACAGAGCUACAGAUGUAUUCCACUGGUGGGUGGAUCUAACAAUAAGGUCAAGACAUCUGUGUAAGCCAUUAUCUUCCUAAACUAGCAUCUUUUCCUCCAACAGUAAGCUGAACCUAAAAUUUACAAGAGUGCAAAUGAAGAUAAAACUGAAAGAAGAGAAUUCAAACCUGAGCCUUAGCUCCACACUUCAUUUCAGUCCGUUUAGAGACGCGCUGAUUAGUGGAUUCAGAAGGUUCCAGCUAAUUCAAAUGUUGAUUGUGAAAAAUAAAUGAUUUUUGAUCAAUGCAGAGAAGCACAAAUUAAUUCUAAUUAAUAAAUGCCACACAGAAUGCCAGCAGGAAAAAAAUCAAUCAGAAAAAAAAGAGUUGCGUGUGCGAAAAAAUGCAGUUAAAAAAUGCAUUGGUAAACUAAUUUCUCCACGAGCCUGCAGCACAUCUGCUGUCUUGUCUGCAUCCUGACACAAAAGCACAAGCUGUGUUUUGCUUUACUUUAAAUAUAUAUCGUGCAAUAAAUAAGUCAAAGCAAGAACAAAGUAGGGAUGAUGUAAUAGAGUCUGACUUUUGAUGCCAACAAAUUGCUGAUUAGGAGCGAGGUCUGUUUGUUUCUGUCGCUGUCUGAUUAGAGUUUUAGGGGCUGAUUAGCACCAUCGCACCAAAGCGAAAUAAAACACAUCACAGAGCUUGGUCUUGGUCAGACGGCGCUUUAAUGCCAUCUGGUUUCUACCAACAGAAAUUUCUCUUCAGUUUCAGGAUUAGGAGAGCAUUCAAAAAACACAUAGCAAGAUAUCGUUACGAAAUAUAGGCUGGAUCACGUGCUUCCACGUGUUUAUAUUAUCUCGGUGUCAUAAAUGGAAACAUUCGGU